AGUGCGUUCAAGUGGGAGAAUAGUACCUGAAACGCGACAAAAAACAAACCAAAAUCAACGAACGAACAAACAAACAAAAGAAGAAUCGAAGAGAAUACUUCCCUCAUCUUCAUCUGAUACUGUUACAAGUUCUGUGGCACAAGCACAGUGUCCCAAUAGCUCAAAAGCUCCGAAUACAUUGCACAGAAACUCGAGAAGUCUUGGAGUUUCGUUCAAUCUUUAUUCAAUUCAAAUGGGCAGGUCCACGGUCUUCUCCCCAAGUAUUCCUCUGAGAUUUUCUCAAAUACCCAGAUCAGUUCCAUCACCAAUUCAUGAAAACCCGCGUCUUUCAUUGCGUUUUAGCAAGAAAUUCCAGCACGGGUUUGGAGGAAUUCGGUUUUUGAAGGUCAAACCCAUAAGAGAACUUUGCACAAAGGCAGUGUUAUCAGAAAUCCCCAACCACAAACAGUACCCAAAGAUAGGUGCCAAAUCAACUGGACACAUUCCACCUAGUCAGCUCAUUCAGGUGGUUGAAUCUGCUGCUAAGACUGGUGCUGAGGUUGUGAUGGAUGCUGUUAAUAAGCCUCGAAAUAUCACAUAUAAAGGACUCACUGAUUUGGUGACCGAGACGGAUAAGAUGAGUGAAGCUGCUAUUUUAGAAGUUGUUAAAAAGAAUUUUGGAGAUCACCUCAUUCUUGGGGAGGAGGGAGGGGUUAUAGGAGACACUUCAUCCGAUUAUCUCUGGUGCAUUGAUCCAUUAGAUGGAACAACAAACUUUGCUCAUGGUUAUCCUAGCUUUGCUGUUUCUAUUGGAGUUCUAUUUCGAGGGAAACCUGCCACUGCUGCUGUGGUAGAGUUUGUUGGGGGCCCAAUGUGUUGGAACACCCGCAUAUUUUCUGCAACUGCUGGUGGGGGAGCAUUCUGUAACGGUCAAAAAAUUCAUGUGAGUCAAACUAAUCAGGUGGAGCAAUCCCUUCUAGUGACAGGGUUUGGGUAUGAACAUGAUGACCCAUGGGCUACCAACAUGGAUUUAUUUAAAGAAUUCACUGAUGUCAGCCGGGGCGUAAGAAGGCUUGGGGCCGCUGCAGUGGACAUGUGUCAUGUAGCUUUGGGGAUUGCAGAAGCCUACUGGGAGUAUCGUCUAAAGCCAUGGGAUAUGGCAGCUGGAGCUUUGAUAGUUGAAGAAGCUGGUGGCACGGUUACUCGCAUGGAUGGUGGAAAGUUUUCGGUGUUUGAUAGAUCUAUUUUAGUAUCCAAUGGUGCGCUGCAUGAAAAGCUUUUGGAGAGAAUUGGACCUGCAACAGAGAAAUUGAAGAGAAAAGAAAUUGAUUUCUCAUUGUGGUACAAGCCUGAAAAUUAUCAUGCAGAUCUUUGAGAUACCAAGAUUUCUGUCUUCUGUUGUCAACUCUGCUAGAAAGAUUUCUGCACUGCAGGUCUCCAGAGAACUUGAGAAAGAAGAAAAUUAGAGUGAAGGGAGUGCGGUUAUGAUGCUAUUGCCAGUGAAGAAUCUAUGAAAGAUGCUGAUGAAGGAAAAGAUGAUAUUUAGCCUCUUUUAUUUUUCGUAGUCACCAUGUAUUAAGUCAUGGCAUGAUGAAUCACUGGAAAACAUACAUCAGUAACUUUUUGUACCCAUUAUAAGAGCAAGCAUGCUUGUGUUUUGUGAUUGUGUUUCUGGGUAUAUUUCCCUUCUCCAUGUGUAAGGAUUGUAAGCUUUACUUCCUCUGAUAGAAUUCUUUGUAUAUGGGAUUUAUAGAUGUAUGAUGCAGUAUGAUCAUGCAACUUCAUUUUGCUUAUAUACACAUAUUCUUUCUUCCA